ACGGGGUCUUCCCUGCUUCCGAUGUAGCCCUGGUCCGGAUGCGGGUUGGGCGGUGCCUGGUUGUAGCCGUAGCCACCCUGACCCGGAGGGGGACCGGGAGGCGGGUUGUAGCCGCCGCCACCGCCGCCGCCGUAGCCUCCGUGGUGCGAGGGAGGGGGGCCGGGGGGAGGUUGGUAUCCGCCAUAGCCGCCGCCGCCGCCUCCUCCUUGGUGACCUCCAUAACCUCCCUGCUGAUGGUGUCCGCCGCCAUAGCCUCCUCCACCAUAACCACCACCGCCGCCGCCGUAGCCGUGCUGUCCUGGGUAGCCAGACAUGUCGCCAAGUCAAUUGACGCUGUGCUUGUGCAGGACGAAGAGUGUAGGUUGUGCAAGACGUGUUUUGGUUUACACAGGCUUCGCUGGAUCAGAGCGAAUAAGCUGUGCCAAAACAAGCCUUUGUUAUCUGAAUGGAGACUUCCCGGCAAGCCAGGGAAGGUGUGAAAUCUACAGAGGGUCUGAAGAAUUGCAAAAAUUCGGACUCGGAAGAUUGAGAGUUGAUAUGAACGGAAUGCGAAGGGUGUUAAGAAAGAUUGUGGGG